AUGUCGAUACAGAAACGAGUGUUGGUGUUGGGUGCAGGCAGGGUGUCGGGGCCGUUGUACGAGGACUUGGCCGGGGAGAAAGACGUUGUCGUCACUGCAGCGAGCAGGGGUAAGCUGAAGUUGGAGAAAGUGAGGCAGCUCUGUCCAAGUGCCAGGCUGGAGUGUGUGGACAUCACUGAGGACACGGAUACCAGGGAUAUGCUGAUCGCCGAACACGACAUCGUUGUCAGCUUGGUGCCCCUUCCCUUGGUACCAGACAUCGCGCGGGCCUGUGUGUCCCUCAAGAAGCACCUUGUGACCCCCUGCUAUGUUGACCCGGAAGUACAAAAGCUACACAAGGAGGCAGCGGAUGCUGGUUUGACGAUCCUCUGUGAGCUAGGAAUCAACCCCGGCAUGGAUCACAUGGGCGCCACCAGGACGUUUGACGACAUCAAGCGGAGGGGAGGAACGGUGUGCUGGUGCCCUCGGAACGCUCUCUGGAAGUACACAAAGCCCAGCGCCUACAUACAAGACGGAAAGAUGACGGAGCUUCCAGCAGGAACUGCAGUAAUGGAGUCUGCACGUAGCGUCGACAUUGGUCAGGGCUUCCAGUUGGAGGUCUUUCCGUACGGCUUCAGCCCCAGACUACUCACGUUGUACGGAAUAGAGACAGUGCAGACAUUCUUCAAGGGAUCAAUGAGAUACAGGAGAGACUACGUCUGCCACGAGCUGGGGCUGCAGAAUGACGUCACAGAUCAAACCCUGGAGUUGAAGGUCAAGGACAAACUAGGAGGAAGAGACCAAUUGGAGAUCGUUCAAAAACUUGGUUUUCUUGGAUCUGAAGCAAUUGAACCGAAAGGGACGCCAUUUGACACCUUCUGCUGCUAUAUGGAGAAAAGACCAGAUUUCAUGCUGGGGUCGGACGACCGCGACGUGGGUCUGUUGGUCAUGACGGUGAUCGGACGUUUCCCCGACGGAUCCAGCGAGACCCGGAAGCUGGGAAUGACUGUGUACGGAGAUCCCGGGAAGCACUCGGGCAUGUCCAAAGUCGUCGGCUAUAGUUUAUCCAGUGCUGUCAAGCUGAUACUAAAUGGGGAGAUAACUGACCGAGGAGUCGUGAUGCCCAUUAUCCGUAGUGUCUACAAACCUCUGUUUGCAGAGUUGGGAAAAAAGGGGAUUGCCUUUGUCGAGAGAAAAUAA